AUGAAAAGAACAAAAUCACACCCUGGCAAGAAUGCAACAAAGAAAACCAAAGCAAACGAUAGUACACUUUCAACACAAGACACUUCCUCCGAUUUAGAGCAAAUAAUUUUAUUCGAGGCCAAAAAGCCAAAUGAAAAACAAGCUAAGUUAAUUGCGAAACACUCUGAAAAUGCUUUAUGUAAUAGUAUUCCUCAACUUGAGAAAUAUUUAGACUUUUUGCAAAACAUUCACAACAAGGAUAUUGACAUUACAAACAAAGACUCUGUCUCUGCAACAUACAUUCUGAUGAAUCAAUUUCUCAAACAAGGAGAAAAGGUUUUUGUUGGUAUUCAAGCUGGUAAUCCAGAACGCUUGCGACAGUCAAUUUUGCAAACUUAUAGCUCGGACAAAGAUUUUUCGGAACGAAUAUGUGCUGCAGUCAAGGCUAUCAGUGUAAGCCUUUUGAAACAAAAAGGUUUAAUUGAAUCCACAUGCCCACCUGUGAGUUCAAAUCUCAAAGUUGGAGAUUUAGUUGAAAUUAUUGAAAAGGGAGAGAAUUGUUACUACAAGAUUGGUAAAGGAAGAGUUCAAUCACUCACUUCAACUAAUUGCAGUUUAAAUGACAUUAUAUUUCACGUUCCAUCCUUCGUUCAAGAUCAAAAGAAGACGAUUUUUGAUAUUUCAUGCCUUUCAUUAAUUGAAGAUCGAACCAAUCAUGCUCCUAUGAUUCAAAAUGCUUUUUCUACGGUUCAGCGAGAAUGUACUCCAGUCUCCUUAUUUUCCAUGAAUUAUGACACUGAAGUCGAUGAUGACAAAAUUGAUGACAAUGAAGUUCUCUCUAUAACUCCACCGGAAAUUUCGGAUUCAAGAACAAACUCAAAUUCAAAUGUUGAAGAGAGUGAUUCUCCUUUGCAAAAUGAGCCCAAGUCUACGGGUUGGGUUGGGUUUGGAUAG